CCUCUCUGAAAGGUGAUAUUCAACAUCUAGUCCAUUGAAUAGGCAUGACCAUCGUGCCUAUGGUGAUUAUGUAUACUUGAACUGCCAAUAUUUUGUAUAAGCAGGUCUUAUCAAACCUCAUCCUAUCUUCGCCACGGGCUUGGAAAUAGCUCGGGAUUUUCUGGUCAAUUUCGGCUAUACGGUGCACACGCUUGAAUGGAAUUAGACUACAUCGCUGACGUUCCACACCCGCAACCAGCUCAAAUCAGCGCGGCGCUUUUGCUGAAGUCUUCGCUCCGGCAUUACCCAGCUUGAGCUGACAAUCACAGCAAUUGACGACCGAGCAUUGUUCAAAGCCUUGGACACGAAGGAAGGAAGCUUCCCCACCAACACUUCACCAAUCCGAGUGACUCUGCUGUGAAAUAGUUUGUUGGUCCUACAAUGAGCGGAAGACGCUCGCCUCCACCCCUGCCGCCGCGGUCCAAUGGUGGCGUUACUCCAUCUGCGAGCGAAAUGCCAUCUUUUCACCAAGAUGUUCAGUCCACUGGAACUACUCGGAUACCGGAAAGCCUCUCCUCUUCAUCUCUGGCGUCCAUAUUGCCAACGACUUCAGAAUCAUCCCUAGAUAAAAGGACUCUAUUGCUCAUAUAUAUUCACGGGUUUAUGGGCAAUGAAACCAGUUUCCAAAGCUUUCCAGCUCACGUUCACAAUGUGAUUGCUGCAUCCCUGGCGGAUACCCAUAUAGUAUGUUCCAAAAUAUACCCUAAAUAUCGGUCGAGACAACCAAUAGAAUAUGCGAGAGACAAUUUUAGCCAAUGGCUAGAAUCCAUAGAAAAUCCCAACACUGAUGUGAUACUCCUUGGUCAUAGCAUGGGUGGCCUGCUAUCUGCUGAGGUUGCGCUCUUGCGUACCAGGUAUCCGUUCUAUGGGCAAGCGUUUCGACACCGCAUUCUUGGAACGAUCAGUUUUGACACCCCCUUCCUGGGCAUGCAUCCAGGAGUCAUAUUGAGCGGAAUUGGCAGUCUAUUCCGUCCUGAUUCGGGCCCCUCCACUCCGUCUCCAGAGACCGAUUCCAACAACAGCGAGAAUUUCAAAGUGGAUGAUGUGAAGACCACUUCUGAUAAUGGUUUGGGUGAAUCGAGCUCUACGUCUUUUGCAAAUGUUUCGAUCGAUUCAAUUUCGGAUUCAACAUUGCCUAUGGGGGCUCCUCAGGAAACACCACUUAAUUCAGCUCCUCUUGACCUCAAUUUCAACCCACCAUUUCCCACCGACGUUCGACUUCCCGUGCGAUCGAGCUUAGAUAACGCAUUGCAUUUCGUCACAAAGCAUUAUGGUGGGCUCACGGUAGCAACGAAGCGCUAUGUAAUGUCGCAUCUUCAGUUUGGAGCAUGUCUUGCGGAUUACUCAAGCUUGCAAUCCCGCUAUCAAAAGAUUCGGGAAUUAGAAAGAAUCCCUGAUCACGAUGCCAGGCCGCGUGUUCGAUUUGUGAACUAUUAUACAGCGAGCACUGGGAGGUUAGCAAAGGGAAAGCAGCCUCCGCCAGAAGAUUUAUCGACAAAGGAAAAUGAGUCUCCAGUCACAGCGGCAGAGGCAGCAACAAAAGCAACAGAAGUUGCGCCUUCCGUUGCAUUGGAGCAAGGUAUAGAUACGCUUGCAAUCAGUGCUAAUCCACAGCAAACUUCCAGUGCAUCUUUGACCGAGAGCUUCGAACAAGAAGAAGCCAGUAAAGAAGAAGUUUCAGAGGAUAGUCAAGUCUUAGAAGACAUGCCAGAGGAGCCGCUUACAUUAUUGGAACCUUUACCGAUCGAAGAUAACCACGACGAGCUUGUCAACGCUAUGCAGACCUCUGUUCCCAAUGAAGAGGAUAUUGGCAUUGAGGCUGAAAAUAGCAACAUCCCGUCUCAAUCGCCUCGUGAUGCAUUGCCCCCUUUGCCCCCAAGGCCACAGGAGCCCCCUGCCUUUGAUGGGUCGCUCUACAGCGACAUCGAUACACGAAAGCUUGCAGAGAAGGAACAUGGUCGUGACGUGAAGGCCUAUCAGCGAGCUCUCAAAGACCGCGAAAAGGCAAGAAAGGAGCGGGAGAAACUAGUUCAAAAGCGGGAAAAGAAGGCCAGGCAGGAGCUGGAAAAACAGCUAAAGCUCGAGAAAAAGCAAAAAGAAAUACGCGAAAAGGAGCAACGAAAGAAGGAUCUCGCAACUGCCGCGGCGUCAGACCGGGACUCCAGAUCCGGUCACCUUGACGAGCACACAAAAUCAACGAGCAACAAGGAAAAGAAAAAGAAGGAUAAGAAAUUCUGCAUGUUGCCGCCCAAGGUCAAUGGUCAGCGUGAUCCAACCUGGAUACGAGUCCACAUGGAAGGAGUGGAUGAAGUCGGAGCACAUUGUGGGUUGUUCUUUCUGAGUAAAACCUACGAGCAGCUUGUUGGAGACGUGGCUUCAAGGAUUGAGGAAUGGGUGCGUGAGGAUCUGUGCUCCAAGGAGACACUAUCAGGUAAAGAAUGAGCAGUUUACGAAGUGUCAGCGAGAUCAUCUCUAUCCAAUGCAGUUGCAU